UGCCUUUGGGUCUAACAUGCAUUGAGCUCAAGCAUCCCAUCGACCUCGUGGACAUGCAUUGAGCUCAUCUGCUUUCCGUUCCAGCCUUCCAGGGGCACUUCUGGGUGCUAGCAUACGGAAGUGAGGGGGCAAAAAAAAAUAAAAAAUAAAAAAUCAAUCUUUCGUCUCGAUGAGCGGCGGCGGUUCGGGGGCGGCGCCGGCUGCGGAGAGCGGGGGCGCCGGAGAUUCCAUCAGGCGUCUCCAUGACCGGCUCGAGUCGAUGCUGCCGCGGGUGGAGGCGCUCGCCGCCGACCGCGCGCGCGUGGAGGAAACCAACAGGGCCCAGCACGAGCUGCUGGGAGCCCUUUAUGCCCACCUCCUCCAGGCGGAGGCGAGCAGGGAUAGGUGGAAGGCGGCCUACACUGAGCUUCAUCCCGGUACUAAUCCCAAGCUCGCCGAACUUCAAGAGAGAGACGUGGUGGAUUCCCAAGCCUGUGAAACUCUUCCUGAUUCCAAUAACUCUCAGCUGCAGGAGACUAGUGAGGAUACCAGUGAAAUGGAGCUUGAACAGAACACGAUGCAGAUCUUUGUCAAGAUCAACUUUUCAUAUUUUCGCAAAAAAAGAAAGAUCCACUGUUUAAAGACUGUCAGUCUUGAGCUCACGGGAUCACAUACGAUCUUCGAUGUCAAGGAUAAGAUUCAAGACAAGGAGGGCAUCCCUGCACGCAAGCAGAGACUCAUAUUUGGCAGUAAGCUGCUGGUGGGCAGCUGUACGCUGAAGGACUACAACAUCGUGGAGGAGUCUACCCUCAUCCUUGAGUUUCCCCCCGAGGGAAUGCACGUCAUGGUCAGGACACUGACUGACAAGAUCAUGGCUACUGAGGUUGAGGGAGAAGAUAGCAUAUACAGUGUGAAGGUAAAGGUUUUCAAUGAAACUGGUGUUCCCCCAGGCAGGCAGCAUCUCAUCUUUGCUGGGAACGUGAUGGAGGACAGCCGCACCUUGGCUGACUACAACGUGCACAAUGAGGCUACCAUUUAUCUUGUGUUCCGCCUUAUCCGCAUCUUUGUCAGGACGGUUACUGGGAAGAAAAUCUUUGAACAUGCGUUUAUGCAAUCACAGACAAUUGACGACAUCAAAGCAUGGAUAUACUAUCAGGUGGGCAUUCUCCCGGAGCAGCAGCAACUCUCUGACCAGGGCGGCGCCCCCCUGGGCGAGGAGAUCUGUCAUUCGUGCACCCUUGUUCUGCGGAUCCGUCCACCUGGUGAUCAGUGAGAUGCAGCGUUCUUGUUACUAGUCUGACCGGAGUCUUACCUGUAGUUUAGAGAUGGAAGUAAAUUGGUCCUUGGCUGAUGGUUGUAUUAGUGAGACUGUAGCGAAGAGCUGGUUUCGUAUAUGGGGUCGUUUUGGUACAGUGUGAUUUGUCUCUGUGCACAUCUUGUGCUCUUUGAGAGUUGAUGGUGUGCAGUAGUGUCCAGUCUGCUUAAAGCAUGAAUUGCAGUAGUGUCCAGUCUGCGAUCAGUCGUUGAUGCACUGGCCACCGUACAAAUGUCGAUUUUCCAGGUCCCAUUUGGAAUUGCGUGCAUGCGAGAUGCUCGACAGCCACCAUUGAGACAUGGACGUGCUUUUUGUCAUGCCCGACCUAUCCACUAGUAAGCACAGCUGGGUGGUGGGCCAUCUCUUUGAUGCUAGUCCCAGUCCCACAUGGAAGUCGCAUGGAGUCAAGGCUAUACAGCAGAGGAAGCACAGGAGGAGGGUAGCGAAUGAAUGAAUGUUCUGAAUCCCAUCUCGUGUUCUUCUGGUCCUCACCCCCUUCUCUGAUUCCUCACCUCAAUUCUCCCAAAUUAUCCCAAAUCUAUCAAAAUACUGAGCUGAUUUGUGCAUCCUCGAUCCAUCCAACGAUCGGGUCAUGAUAGUUUUGG